AUGGACAGACUAGGCUUCCUUCUGCUGAUACUGCUACUGUUGUACCCCAAAUACAGUUUUGGCGGUGGGUUUUUCACUACCUCGGGUCAUUGAAUCUGGUGAAAACGCCAGAUACUUAAACGCUAGCAUACGAGUAGUCAUUUACUUAGAUGCAAAUACUUUCGUAAUUUUCAAAAUGUAUACCAUUAACUGCUGGGCUGGUAAAAGGCAAAAAAUCGAAUUUACAUAUGUGUAGUUGUUUUUUAUUAGGAGCUGACGAAAAUUAUCUGAGCUCGGAAAGCUUACAGUCACUUACUUGUUCUUUUGUAUGAAAUAAACCGAUAAUUCUUUAGACGUUUGUCUGACAAAGAAUGAAAUGAAAUACGUGAUAUACGAGAUACAUAUUUGUUGUAAAAAGUACUAACAGAGGCACGCGCUUAGUAUGCAAAUUUUCCUGAAAGAAUAUGAUUAAACUAGUGCCAACUGAUUCUCACAACGUACAGAGAAGGGACUCAAAAUGAUAGUUCUUUUUUGUUUCGAACGUAAGCUGAAACAUGUUUUCUUCAGUAGCCUGAACAUCGGAACAGUGAAAUGUCCUAAGUCCAGCUGCUUCCAUUGAAUGUGGUUGAUUGUCUUUUUCUGUUUCGUUUAUUCUCAUUUUUAUAUCAUGUAUUUUCAGCGGGUAAAUACUACUAUAACCUAUGCCUAGAGGGCACCAAACAAUGCACCCGGAUAAAAUAUCAGAAAACAGACCAAACAAAAGGCGCUUCUUGUCGGAAUGAAUGCGCCGGUGGACCCGGUAUGUUUUCGUUCUCUGUCUUUCAUAAAUUCUACAUCUCCUGCAUUGCCCUCUCCGAAAUUCUACGUUGUCCUCCCCCUAGUCCAAAACGGGACUGAGAUAUGGACCACUUACCAUGAACAUGAUGGGGCUUCUCCCGUCAAGUACAAGGUGGUUGGUCUCCCCGGUCACCCGGAAAGUUUCGCUCGCCAUGUCCAAUGUGUUCAGGUCUGUGAACUCGUCGCUGACAGUAAGUGCCUAACAAAGUAAUCUUUCGUUCCAUUGUCUUGUCCACUUAACAACAUUAUUAUGCCAACGCCUUGCCUUUUAGGUUUAGCUAAGAAGGGUUACACCAUUAACAUGUGUAUAUGCAGAGAUCGAGAAUGCGGUUCCUUCCACAAAUGGAACAACAGCUUUGACAGCUUCAAGGACUGCUGGUCUAAAUGCAGUGGAUGGGGAGACCGUAAGUGCAUUUGUGUAUACUUGUCCGUCUCGCUUGCUUCACUGUUGAAAUAAUUGCUUCCACUUCUUUACUUUCAGCCGAAAAAUCCGUUAUCGAACAGAGCUAUGUCUGCAGCACACGGGGUGACUGUCAUGAGUUCUACACAUACCAGAAGUCGGAAGAUGUUAACUACUUUUUCGAUCUUGUAGAAUGCAUCAAUCAUUGCGAAGCGAGCAAGGGUAUGUCGUAAUAAUUAUUUGUAUGCGACGGUCGAUUUGGCGGGCCUUCCUUAAGAUUCUUCUUCAACUCACACAAGGUCUUCAGUACAGAUGCGACCACACACGUAGGACUUGCGUGCCUUGCUGGCCUGUUCAAAGAGACUGCUCGAGCCGUUACAGUUGUUCAAGACGAUGCUAA